AAUGGCAUGCGCAUGCGUACAGCGGUCAUACCCACGAGGUUUAUGCAACACCGCACGUAAUUUGCGUCCAUUUUGCCGGUUUUUCUCGUGAAAUUUGGACGAAAAAUGGACCUGAGAGAUAGAAGCGAAGGGUUUGAGAGUAGUGUACCGAGUCCACCCAUUGGUAUGGAUUAUUCUGGUUCACCAAGACCAGCCCUUUCUCCCUAUCUCAGCAUUGACCCAACAUACUUGAACCAGGGAGGCGCAGAAUUUGUGUUUCCAACAGACCAGAAAAAGAAGCGUGGAUGGGGAGAACGGAUGUUUUCAAGUAUUGGUACUUCUUACAUGUGUGGUCUUGCGGCUGGUGGGUCGUUGGGAUUAUAUGAGGGACUAAGAAACCCAGAUGGGAAAACCUUCAAGCUGCGUUUAAAUAGUGUACUAAAUGGGUGUACAAGAAGAGGUCCUUUUGCAGCUAACAGUCUUGGGGUGAUAGCGUUGAUGUACAGCAGCUUCGACAGCCUUUAUGGCAAGUUAAGGGGCGAGGAGGAUGAGUUGAAUUCUAUCGCUGCUGCAGUCACCACUGGAAUGAUUUUCAAAAGCACAGCUGGCGUCAGACCCAUAGCCAUCGCAGGUGCUUUGGGAGGAUCCCUGGCAGCAGCCUAUCACUUUGGAGAAAAGCUUUUAGAAGGAAGAGGACAGACGAUAUCUACACCAAACUGGGCCUGAACCUAGCUGCAGUAAUUUAUUUUUAAAUCCUGUGUUUACAAGAUGUAUUAGGCUCCCCCGUGUGCUGUAAGCUGGGUCACAUAUGCUGGUGUCAAGUGCUGGAUUUUAAAGACAAUGGGCUUAGUCCUUUGGAUGAAAUGGUGUUUGAUUUCACCCCAAGUGAGUCAAAAGGAAGGGCUAGAAAUUCAUAAGCACAAAGAGACAGAAUUAUAACUUCUAGGAUGCCUAGAGACAUUGAGGAAUAGCAGUGAUAAAGAAAACCAAAAGAUCAGAUGUUCCCAAACAGUGGCAUGAGCAGACAUGCAAGUAGGAUGUGUGUUGGCCUCCUAAUGGGCUGGUAACCAGGCAAGCCACAUUGAAAACGUCAUUACCAGAAAGACUAAUGAAAGUUGAUUUAGGAAAUUGAUUUAGAUGCUCCAGAAGUUUAGGAAAACUGAUUGAGGAGAGAUACACAGUACCUGAAAGGCAGAAGCCCAGAAGGUUUGCAAAAAGUCGCUCAAAAUAAACUAGUGAUUUGUGGAGAUGGACUUUACAAUGAAGCUUUCACUGUAUAUCACCUAACUGACUAUUGUGGCACCAAAUUUUCAAGGAAGAUCAUGGCAGUCAUUCCGUGUUUUGGUCGACCUUCGUCAGAAAUUCGAGGAUUUUUUUUUUUUUUGGGGGGGGGGGUGGGUAUUUCAAACGCUGAAAGAAGGAUUGAAAGGCGAGAUCCUCAAACAAAAGCCGAGUAUGUGGUUGUGUGUAAAGCAUUGUUUGCUUGGCCCCAACGUUUACAUCCAAAUACCAAGAACGAUUGCUUCCUGUGGCAAGAACCCAGGUAUUGUAGGUAGGUUUAAAGGAAUGAGAUCGAAGUUAAUUUUUACAAUCUAGUGGUUUAGCAGUUGCAUCAAAAUUGUAAAUUAUGGUAAAUCUAUUCCACUGUAAAUAAAGAGCAGUAUAUCAUUCCC